GGGAUGCUUGGAAGCAGUUCAAGGGAAAGAUUAAGUAGAAGCACUUUGUUCCCUUUGAUACCAUCGAAGAUAUGGUGAAAAAUCGACCGACACAAGUUCCAGAAAGUCAAUUCAUAAAAUUGAUCUAUUAUUGGAGUCAUCCUACAAUCCAGUCAAUAAGUGAAAAAAAAAAGAAACAUCAAGAACAGCAAAAGUUUUCACAUCGCAUGGGGCCAAUCAAUUUUGGAAGAGUACGAGUGGCUCUGCGCACGACAAAGGAAACAAAUGAGGAACCAAAAAGGUUUGAAAUGUUCCUUGCUACUCGAACAAGUCGGAAAAGGAAGGAAGUUGAUCAGGAAACACAAGAUGCAAUUGAUGAAUUCCAAAACCGGCAAGCUGCUGGUGAAACAGAUGAGGAAGCUUUUGAGUCUUUAUUUGGAAAAGAACAACCAGGUCGGGUUAGGUACUAUGGAAGAUCUAUUACACGACGUAACUUAAAAAAGCAUGCAGAAAUUUCUAAACUCAAGCAACAACACCAGGAGGAAGUCACAUCUUUGAAGGCUGAACUUGGAGACAUGAAGGCCAAACAGCAGCACCAAGAGGCUGACCUUCAUGGAUUGCGAAACAUGAUUAAGUUACUAGUUCAGCGAUCUAAACCUGGAAUGAGGCCGGAAGAAAUUGAAGCUUUGUUACAAGAUGCCCAACACUCUCCAAUUGAUGCAAAUAGCGCUCAUGGAUCAACACAUAUUCCAAACAUAAAUAUGGAUAAUUCUGAAUAUGCAAAUGAAGAUUGAGAUGCUUAUCAUGAUGGUUUAUUGACAAAGAUGGAAAUUGAAAGAUGUAUGGUUGAUGAUGAUGUCUUUUAUUAGAAGCUAAGAUACAUUUAUAUGAUAUAAUAUUUUGAUUUUUUCUAGUUUAUUAGUAGUAAACUCUAAGUGCAUUAUAUGAGUAUACUUAUUCUAGUUUGAGAUGUAUAAAUGCUCAA